AUGGAAGAGGAAUUGGCAGCUCCUUCCACAUCCACAGACAAGACAGACAGUAUGGACGUGGAUGGAGAAUCAAAGAAGCUGUUGGGUUUAGGACAGAAACACUUGGUAAUGGGAAAUAUUCCAGCUGCUGUUAAUGCCUUUCAGGAAGCUGCGAGCUUACUGGGUAAAAAAUACGGUGAGACAGCAGAUGAGUGUGCAGAAGCUUUUUUUUACUAUGGGAAAUCUCUCCUGGAGUUGGCACGAAUGGAAAAUGGUGUACUGGGAAAUGCCUUGGAAGGGGUGCAGGUUGAAGAGGAAGUAGAAAAAGCUGAAGAUGAUUCUGCGUUGCCAGCUGUGGAUGAAGAAGCGAGGGAGGAGUUGAGAGAACAGGUAUAUAACGCCAUGGGGGAAAAAGAAGAGGCCAAAAAGUCUACGGAAGAGUCUACAGAAUUGACUGUGAAGGAAAUCAAAGAGGAGGGCAUUGAAAAGGAAGAGAACAUGGAAGAAAAAACAACAGAAGAGUCAAUUGCUGACAAGGAAGAAAAGUUUGAAGGGGCUGAAGAGAAGGUGGAAGCCUCUGUGGAAGAAGCAAGUUCAGAAGAGCAGAAGCAGCAGGUGGCUGUGGAAGAGGAGGCAGCUGCGGAGGAGAAGGUGGCAGGAAAAGAGCAGAAGGUGUCUGAAGACAAGGUAGCAGAGACAACUGAGGAGAAGAAGAAAACUAAGGAAUUGAAGGCAGCUGUGGAGGAGGCUGAAGCUGGAGAAGCAGCUGCAGAAGAAAAGGGAGAUGCAGGAGAGCCGAAGGCAGAAGAAACAGCCAAAGAGGCAGCUGUGGAAAAGGGAGAGGCUGUAGAAGGGCAGGCAGAGGCAGCUGUGGAAGAGAAGGCAGUAGCACAAGAAGAGGCAGCAGAAGUGCAGGUGGCAGUCGCUGUGGAGCAGAAAGAAGCUGCAGAAGGGGAGGCAGAGGCAGCUGUAGAGAAGGUGGAGGAGAAACAAGAGCCGGUGGAGAUGGCUGCGGAAGAGAAAGCAGAGGAAUCUAAAGAGACAGAGUCCUCAAAGGAACCUCAGCCUGCCGAGGGCAAAGAGCCAUCUCAUGACAUGGAAGAAAAGGCUGAAGUAGCUGCUAAGGUAGAAAAAGAGGAAAAGAAGGAUGACCUGAUAGAAGAGGGUGAAGGUGCUAAGGUAGAGCAAGAAGAGAAAGAUGACCUGAUGGAAGAGGGAGAAGAAACAGAAGAAUCUGAAGAGGAAGAUAAAGAAAAUUAUAAAGCUGAAGAUGAUAAGGAGAAUGAAUUGACAGUGGAAGACAAG